AUAAUAAGUCCGUUGCGUUGCUUGAACGUUCCUCAUCUCCUCUUGCUUCCUUCAACAUUCGAAUAUGCUUCUGUCUCGUGUUAGAUAUAAAAAGUACAAAAAGCUGAAGCAACACACGACAAACCUGUAACAAAAGCUGCAAAAAAAUAAAGCAUCAGUGCGCAGUGUGACGUAAUCAAAAGGCUGCGCAACAAUAUCACCAAGUAAUUAAAAUCUUUUUUAAAAGAGGUACGACAGUUUGCGCACUCGCCCGCACCGAACCCCAUCGCCGUCGGUUUCCCGGGUAACGGAGGCAUCGCGUGGAAGCACAACAAUGACCAGAGACUUCGCCGAACGAAGGACAACGUAGCGCCGUCAGCAGCAUGUCUUACGUCGAGCAAUUGCCGUUGUCCGGCAGGGAUAUCGCGGUGCCGGCCAAGUUGCCGAUGAUCUUGAAGCAGUUCUGUAAAGCCGCCAUCCGUACGCAGCCGUAUGAUCUGCUCAAGUGGUCCAGCUCGUACUUUCGCGCGUUGGCGGACGGCGAGGAGCCGCCGGCUAAGUCACGACUGGAAUAUCCGCCGCCAAGUACCGCCUCCGGUCUGACUCUGGGCUUCCUCAGGGUGCUGUUGCGACAAUUUGGAAAUUACAACAAAACUCUACCCCUGGAGGCGAUCGCGCGUUGUUGGGAUUGUCUCUGCUUGGAUCGUCGGGACUUUCAGACGAUCGCGACGAUCGGCCAAUUUCGCCGUAACUGCCAAGUGAAGAGGUUCCUGGCUAUCGCUGUGGGUCUCCUUGGUAGCAACCUCACUGAGACGAUGAUCAUGGUCUGCCAGUUGUUCAGCCACGAGCCCGACGGCGGCUCCGCGAUGAUUCCGCUCAGUUUGUUCAUAGAGAUAUACGAGUACCUGGCGGGAUUGGCGUGCGACGGUUCCAACGAGAAGAGUUCCUGCGACGAAGAGACAAGCACACGCAAGGACAGCUCCAUCCAUCACACAUCCUCCGUGAACAGCCAGGACACCGACGCGGACGUUAAUCUGGAAUCAAUGUCGAAGGACGAGGUCGACUCGUAUUCAAAGACCGAUCUAUCGACGGAACCGAUGGGAAGCAGUUCGUUGGACAGGGAGGAGAAACUGGGCGCUUCAAUCGGCAGGGAUCGCGCGGGUAAGAGCACCACGAGUGGCGGGAGGUUUUGCGGCACGAAGGACGCAAGCAACAGCGACGGGAGUGUCUUCUCCGGAACUGAGAAUGACGCGAGAACCAUGUGCCGCUUGAAUGUGCCCGUUACUUUCAGAUAUCUUUUGAGUCGUCGAUCUUUAAUGGAAAAUCAUACAUUAUUAGAAUUAUGGAUUUAAAAAUGAUAAAUUUAUAUAGUUAUAGAUAAAAUCAUAAUUACGAUUAGAUCUGAAAAUGGAUGUCAGAAAUCAAAGUGAACUUCUCGAUCGUGCAGCCAAUGCACACACAGGACUGCCCGAUUAUCUCAACAAUCCGGCGAAAUCCGACUGAACCUGAAAUUCACAAUGCAGGUAUAGGAGCGCGUCUGUCAGCCGAACAAGUCGCGAGCGUGGCGGCGUGGAUGACAGAGUGCGCGAGGCUUCAGGAGGGUAUGGUCGGUCCGCGAAAUAUCCGACACACGGAGUGCCCACCUGUGCACCAGCGAGCGACGUCGGAUUUGUGAUGACA